AUGGCUGGGAAGCAAGAAAAAUUGAGGGCUUUUAGACCUAUACUAACAGUUGUAUGGAGCUUUCUGCUGGCUUCAAUAUUUGUUUCUGCUGAAAGAAGCAGCUUAAAGCAGAAAUUUUUAGCACAUAAUGCAAAUGGGUUUUCACAUUCUGAUUUAGAGGUUUUAACAAAUUAUCAGAAUUUUACACGGCAAGCCAACAAAUCUGGGUACCAGCACGUUUGGCCGGAUCUUAAAUUCAAUUGGCACAUUGUUGUUGGUAGCAUAAUUGGAUUUUUCGGAGCAUCUUUUGGAAGUGUUGGUGGUGUUGGUGGUGGUGGAAUAUUUGUUCCCAUGCUUACUCUGAUUAUUGGAUUUGAUCCGAAAUCGGCAACUGCUGUCUCAAAAUGUAUGAUCAUGGGAGCUGCAAUCUCGACUGUUUGCUAUAAUCUUAAACUCAGGCAUCCAACUAUUGACAUGCCAAUUAUCGACUAUGACUUGGCUGUUCUCAUCCAACCUAUGCUUAUGCUAGGCGUUAGCAUCGGAGUUGCAUUGAAUGUAAUAUUUUCUGAUUGGAUGGUAACUGUUCUUUUAAUCAUUCUCUUUAUAGCCACAUCAACUAAGGCCUUUUUGAAAGGAGUUGAAACAUGGAAAAAAGAAACUAUCGUGAAAAAGGAGGCUGCAAAGCAAUUGGAGGCAAGUGCCAAUGGUACAGCAGAAGCAGCUAAUAAGCUUCGUCGUGUAGACCCUAGCAAUGACACAGAAAACGAGGCCAAAGGCUUGGCAAAAUCCAAGGUCGGUGUCCUCGAGAAUGUUCGUUGGAAGGAACUCGGUCUUCUUGUCUUCGUUUGGAUAUCAUUUCUUGCACUCCAGAUCAUCAAGAACUAUACAGCUACAUGUUCAGCAAUAUACUGGGCAGUGAACUUGCUGCAGAUCCCCGCCUCUCUUGGCGUAUCUGGUUAUGAAUCAAUUUGCCUGUAUAAGGGAUGGAGAAAAAUUGCAUCUAAGGGAGAUGGAGGCUCCAACUUGAAAGUGCACCAAUUGAUAACCUAUUGCUUGUUAGGCGUACUGGCAGGUGCUGUUGGGGGUUUACUAGGUGUGGGAGGUGGAUCUAUCAUGGGUCCGCUAUUUUUGGAGUUAGGCAUUCCACCUCAGGUUGCAAGUGCGACAUCCACCUUUGCUAUGAUGUUUUCCUCAUCAAUGUCUGUGGUUGAAUAUUACCUUCUAAAACGUUUUCCAGUUCCAUAUGCUCUUUGCCUAAUUGUUGUUGCCACUAUUGCUGCAAUUAUUGGCCAACAUGUCGUGAAUAAGGUGAUUGUUAUACUGGGACGGGCAUCCAUAAUCGUCUUUGUUUUGGCAUUUAUAAUCCUUGUGAGUGCCAUCUCUCUAGGUGGUGUUGGCAUUUCAAAUAUGAUUGGAAAAAUUGGGAGGCAUGAAUACAUGGGAUUUGAGAUUUUUCUGGUGGUGGUGGUGGUGAGGUCGUUUUCAUUGGGUGGGCGACGGUGGUGGUUGCUGGGGUGUUUGUGGCGGCGGCGGCGGUGGUUUAUGUGGUAG